GAGCUGCAGGAAAUUCUCACAGAAGAAGAAGUCAGUGUCACGUCAUCGGUAGGCGACCUUGUUUGGGCCGGCGGACAUGAGACGUUGCUGCUGUUGACCAAGUGACCUGCUUCAGACCGUUCUCUUCCUUUGCUCCACCAUCAUUCUUUGGCCCAAUUCAACCACCAAUGAAUCCAAUAAUUAGACGGAGACUUCCUCCGUCUGUGAGGAGUCUCCUGACGGACAUCGGCCCGAAGGAGGACUGGACUGACGCAGAGCCCGAGGGAGUGGCCAGAGAUGGGAUUCUGCUCCCGGCCAGAGGAGCUGACUCUGGACCAGAGGAGUUUCUCGUUCCAGCCAAGGCAGAGGGAGAGGAGUCUACAGAGGAUGGGAGUUACGCUGGGAUGAAUGCUAUGUGCAUGUUGUGUAAAUGUAAACCCUCUUGCUACACCUGUCCUCGGUGUAACCUGCGUUAUUGUGGCUUGGCUUGCUACCAGAGCCCAGAUCACUCUGUCUGCUCUGAGGCAUUUUACAAGCAGUCUGUUCUCGAGGAACUGAAGGAUAUGGGGAAAACAGAAGGCGAGCAGAGAAAGAAAAUGCAGGAGAUUCUUGUGGGCCUCAGACAAAAGGCAGAAAAAAAUGAUGGGGGGAUGGAAGGUUUGUUAAAAGAAGCAGGUAUCGUGUCAGAUGACGGGGAAGAAGCGGUAGCAGAGAAAGUACAGGUUGUGGAGCUCUUGUCCAGGUUAGCAGAGCUCCAACAGUCUGGAGAGGGGAGUGCCACCGAGAUUGAGGCUAUUUUGAGAAAACUUGGAGAGAUUGGAGAUGGAGAGCUGCUGCCUGGAGACUUAGAUGAGGAUGCUGAAAGUGAAGGAGGGGAGCUGGACCUGGCGGAACGACUCUCUGGGAUGGAUUUGGACAAACUCUCAGAAGAGGAGCUGUGGGAAAUUCUCAACGGCAAAGAGAAAGACAUGUUUAUGGACAUGAUGAAGUCUGGAGCUCUUAGCAAGCUCGUUCCCCUGUGGAGACCAUGGUGGGAGGAGCAUGACGGAGGAGGGAGAGCACUGGUGGAGGAAGUGGGCAAAUUGGAAAGCGAAAAUUCAGCAACAGUGGAGGAACAGGAUGUUUGUAAUAAAGUCAAGGAGUCACAUGAAGUAGCUCACAAACAGGGCAAAAAAGCUACAAAGUUGAAAAAGAUUAAAGGGACGAAUACAAGCAAGAACAAGGGAAGUUCAACAGUUCCCACUGUGCCUCCAGUUUCUGCAAAAAUUCCAAAGUUGAGCUCUUUAUGUGCAAAUCCAUCUCCCCUGGUAUGCUAUGGUUUGGCCAAUGCACUUUAUGGCUACACUUUCAGCCUGUGCUUCCUAAACGGUGACACUGAUUCACUGAUGUUUGAGUUUUGUGACAUGAUCCUGACUCUGUCAGAGGCCCUGAACUCUAACAGGGUGUUCAACUCUCUCCAAGAGGCCUUAGGAUGCGGAGAAACUCUAAUUCUGGGUGGAGGGUACCUGGACAAGGAGGAUCCACUGGCCCCGACUAGGGCAGUGGAAGCUGUUGCUCACAUCAUGACUGGCAGAGACAGAAGAGAUGCUACAGGAUACUGUCUGGCAGCUUUGAGUCAGCUUCGCUCAGUUCUCUCCAAGGCCAGAUCUGCCCUUUCUAAAGAGGGAGAGGAAGGUGCAAGGAGGCAGAAGUACUUCCUGGCAAGCAAGAAGUGUGAAUUCUUUCAAGCCUGGGUGUUGGACAAUGCAUCCCAGAUUCAAAGACUGGCUGUCGAGUCAUGGAAUGAACACGGUAAAAGAGAGAGCGCAAGGAGCAGCCUGGAGAAAUCAAAGGCUGUAGUUGAGGAGAACUUGAAGAAAGGGAAGAAGAAAGGAAAUAGAGAGUUGAUUAAAGAACUGAGCUAAUUUGUUGAAAAUGUUGUUUGUAUUGUAAUGAAAUAAAUUAAAUUCUCACUGUGAAAUUCAA